UUAGUUGUCAAAGCUAUUCCGGAAUCUUUUUUGUUGCAGUUUCUUAAUGGUUGGGUUAUAUUUGUGGAGUAUGAAAGGCCAAACCACGUAGUUCCUAGACCAUAUACUACUAUUUUUCCGGAAAAAAGAAACUGCAGCAAUUAUGGUCCUGCCUGCUUCAAUUCAUUCCAGGUCUCUCCCUUCGGAGACUCUGCUAAGAGUGAAGAAGCCAAAAAAGGAUAUGAUUCUGUGAUGUCUAAAUUUAAUCACACCAAUGAAAAGCAGGACGCGAGGAAACAAUUCAUAGAAAAAGGAAUGAAAGAAGAAUCUGAUCCGACACUAACAACUAAAUGUAUCAGGGAAGUGGUGGACAAACAAUGCAUGAGAAAAGGAACUGUUAAUAUGAAUGACCUUUUGGCUACCAUGCCCAGCGAAGCUACCUUGUCUGCUGCGACUGCAUCAAAGAUGAGUCAACAUAUGCCAAGGAAAGACAUUCAAAGUGAAAUUGAUGACAGCGCUGCUUCUGGUGAUAAUGCUCUAGUGUCCAGUACGAGGUUACAAAGCGACUCUCAAACUUCUUCGGAGAGUAUUAAAAAAUUUAAGAAUGUUAAUGAGCAGUCUUUAAAGUUAGACGAGUCGAUUGCCAUUCUGGCAGGAGUUUGCAAAGCUAUGCUUGAUGAUCAGAAGCUUCCCGUCAACGUUGAAGAGUUGUGGGGUGUUAUAAAUGAGAUGGAGUUGAAUGAUAACCUAGCUGGUGAUGCUUUUGUGUUCCUGUUAGAAAGACCUGUGCAUGUAAAAGCCCUUAUGUCUACUCCCAUUGGCAUUCGCAAGUCGAUACUUGUGAAAAUGAUAAGAGGUGCCAAGUAGAUGAUUAUGGAGGAACUCAUUAAUUAGAGAUAAUUGCUGAUUUAUAUAAAAAUAUUUGCAGAAUAUUAGAGGUUAAUUUAUAUAAAAUUUCCCUUCUGAUCA